CGUUCCCAAAAUAGCUUUUUCUUGUUAUUAUUUCUGAAUUGAAACAGAAUCAAGCGUUUGUACAUAUUCGGUAUUAGUUGAAAUUAUAGCAAUGCCAACAUUUACCACUGAAACAAGUGUCCCCAAGCUCUUCUAUCUAUGAUAGAAUCACGCGCCAGAACAGCACCACCGUUUCGCGAGAGUGCAGCCCCGGUCCUCGUCAAUCAGUUUCACAAUGCGUACGCAAUCGGACCGAUAUCAAAGUGGUGGCCGAAAACGGCGUCGACAAGCAGACUUCUUUGGAGUCACUCUCGUGAUGACCACCAUCCUCCUCCUUGUGAUGGUGGUUAUCGAUGAUGUCUCCUGCAUCCGGAGGUCGUCCAAGUCGUCGAAAUCUUCGUUCGAUUACUGUUCUGCGGGGUUGUGCCCAACUGGAACGAGUCACGUGGCUUGUGGUGGACUCAAGUUUGGCUCGGACUGUCAACGGCCAAUUUUGAUCAAGAUGACACCGAAGUAUGUGAAUUUGAUACUGAACUAUCACAAUCUCAAGAGGAACGCAUUAGCUUGUGGAUCCAUGAAGAGAUUCGCGUCGGCCAGUUCAAUGCAGAAAUUGCGCUGGAACGAUGAACUAGGACAUUUGGCAGAAUUUAAUGCCAAAAGUUGUCAGUUUGCCCAUGACGAUUGCCACAAUACGGAGCGUUUCCGGUACACCGGUCAAAGCAUCGGUAUGAAGUGGUUCCACGGGAUGAAUUAUACCUCGACGCACGUGGUGCGGGACUUGCUGCGCAAGUGGUACCUGGAGCACAAGGAAGCAAAGCAGCGGGACGUCGAUCGGUACGAGGUCACUCCGCACAGCUUCCGCAUCGGCCACUUUACCCAGCUGAUCCACGCGGAUACGACCGAGAUCGGUUGCGCCCUGGUGCGGUUCCACAAACAAUCCAACAAUCUUCCGUUUAUGCACUACUACCUGGUGUGCAACUACUCCGAGGGUAACAUCGAGGAUCGACCAGUCUACCGGAAGGGCAAACGGUGCAGCAAGUGCAAGCACGGAUGCACCGGCGGAAAGUUCCGCUGUCUGUGCCGAGGUUAAAC